UUUCACAACCUCUUCAAUUUCAUCCUGUUUCCGUCACUACAGCCAAAGUCAAACACAAAGUAGGCUAUGUUUGAUGUAGUCUGUGUUUUAACUGAAUUGGGCCUAUUUCUUUACCCUCAUAACAUGAAUCGGACACGGCUGUGUGGACAAUCCAACAAAUAUUUACAAGAGACGGACUAAAGACAAAGACAUGUUGAGAAGAUUUUGCAGGCUACUUGUCCUGGUUGUGGUAAUGACAUUGGCAACAGAAUCAUCAAUAUCCAACAGUGAUAUUAAAUUAAUUAGUGCGAAACCAACGAAAAAAGUGACGUUCUACUGCACAAAACGGAGCAAUGAUGAGGUUAUGUUAUGGAAAAUUAAAACAAAAUCUUCAACAACUGUCGAACAAACUAAUUGUGACGAUCUGGAAUCGACGCAAAUCGACAUGAGAAAGAGAUGUGUGGAGGAAAGUUAUGGAUUUGACCUCGUUAUAACGAAGGUUAGUGAGGACGAUGAGGGGAUCUAUGAGUGUACUGCAGCAUUACAAAACGAUGUCCUCAAAGUGUAUGACUUCAGAAUUGAAAAAGAAGCCUCUAUUCCCGAGGAAGCAUACACAAAAGAUGUCACAAUCCGGGAAGGUGACACUGCCAAACUGUGGUGUAAUGCAACCGGUUAUCCCAUUCCAUCAGUACAAUGGCAAAUCGUAGAAACAGAUUCAAAUGGAAGAGAGUCAAUCCACGAUGUAGGAAUCCAAGGAAAGUUGUUACAGAUCCAGAACGUAUCUAGACACUGCAGUACAUCGUAUAGAUGUGUUGCUUCCAACAAAUCCUACAGAAAACAAGUCACCCGGAAUAUCAAGAUUCGUGUAGACUUUGGCGCCAUGGCAGAUCUUGAUAUUUACAAUGGGGCAAACUGUGGGACCACAAUGGACGAUCUCGGGGAGAAAAUCCACGUCAACAGUACAGGAAGCCAUUAUGUUGAGAGAAAAGUAGGAGGGAAGGUUUCGCUCGUGUGUAGUGGUUCAGGCUCGCCCAAUGCUACUAUAGAAUGGCUGAGAUAUCAUCAAGGUAACCUCGUCAAGAUAUCAUCGCUUGGACAUGGAGAUAAGAUUGAUAAUACCAACCUCCCUGGGGCAUUCGCGACCGCGGUCUGUCCGUCGUUAUUCAAGGACGAGCGGAGGUUCAGAUUGACCUUUCAUACUUUUGAUGAGAAAUUCACGAAAUAUGUGUGCCGGGCGUUAAACGAGUACGGUGACGAUGAAAUGACGAUAACAAUAAAGAAAUCAACAUGAGAAA